AUGCUUCCCACAGAGCCGCCAGACGGCCGGAGUUCCGGCGGCGGAGACAAGGGCAACGACUUGUGCGCGGUAGACAGCGAGCAGAGCUCUUUCCUGUUCGUUUCCCCGCCCAAAACGUGCGGCCCAGAUGCGCUCACAAGCCGCCGAAGCGCGGGGGAUUUCAAUUUCUUUUCUGGAUGUGAACGGGCCGAGGAGGCAGACGUGACGUCUCGGGCGUUAGCUGUCUCCUCGUCCUAUGUCGCGCCGAUCAGCGCGCUCCAGCUUCCCGCGGAGGAAGGCACGGCCAAGACUGAAGAAACAGGCGACGCGCCAAAGAGCAGCGAUCAGAUUCGACACGCACAGGUAGAACCCGAGAAAAACGACGCGCCGUUCUUCCCUUCCAGCGGUGCGAACGGCCUGCCGCAGUGUGCCCCGUCUCUCUACUACCCGUCCUCCUCGCCUUACCUCUCGGCUUCGGAAUGCGGGCCCUCCCACGCGAUCCACUUUUCUUCGCCCUAUUACGCUUCUUCGGCCCUCUACGGUUGCUCGUCGGCCUCGUAUUGCCUCUCCUCUUCAGCUUCGUAUCCCCAUGCGCUUACCCCUCCUCCCUACUGUGCCCCGGCGCCCAACCACGUGCCUCCACUGUCUGAGGGCGCGACCUGUGCCUCGGUUCCGCCUCCGAACGGAGGCGCGCGAGGCGGAAGCGUGACGGGCGAAGUGGGAGUUUCCUGUGCGGAGCCUGCGCCGCCUGCUUGUCCGCCUUCUUCCAGCUCUGGAUCGUCUCCCUUUUCGCCUCUGCCCUUCUGGGCGGGUCCCCAGCCCGGUCAAGUCCAUCUGGCGGGCGGCCUGGAGGCUGAGACACGCGGCGCGCCUCCGCCCCCUGCUUAUCCGGUCGGGGCUGCGUCCUGUGCUCCUGCGUCUCCCGUCCCCCACGCUGCGUUCGUACCUUCUCUUUGGACCUCGUCCGUUGCCGCCGCGCCGUCGGCUCCCCAAGGCGCUCUUGACCUCCCCCAGCCGUUUCCGCAGAACCCCUGUUCAGGAGGUGCGGGUCUGGCGUCUUUGGCAGUGCCUCCCUCGUCAGUCCCUACUGCUCCAAGUCUCACGGACCACGCCUCAGGCUUCCCUGCUGGAGUGCUGCAUGCGUCCGCGCCCAUCUCAGACCCGGCGAAUGCGUGUCCGUCGUUCUCGCCGGCCGUCUCGUCAGCGGCUGCAACUCCCGCCGCCUAUCCCCAGGCUCCGGGAGUCUCUGCGAACGCGCUGGCGUACAGCGACCGCCCGUUUCCUCUCGCCUCCGCUGCGGCGCCCUCUUUCUCUGCUCCGUGGCCUGCCCAACCGCUGCCUCCGUCGUCUCUUGCCCUCCCGACCGUCUCGUUCUCAGAGGCCGGGCCCUUGCCGUGCUCUGCCUCCUCUGCCGUUCACUUUCCUGCUGCAUCCGCCUCGUCCUCGUCCCCUCCUUCGCCUCUCCCGACCGGCGAGGCGCCGCCCGCAGUGCACGGGGCUCCUGCCCCGGCAGGGGGUUCCGCAGUGAGCCCCGAGCCGUCUACAGACGGCGAGCUUCCGGUACGCGAAGGGCGAGAUGGUGACGGAAAACGAGAGGAUGACAAGAGCGAAGGGAAACAAGAGAGAGCGCAUCGAGCAAGGACUGAAGGCGAGGUCGAAGGUGGCAGUCUGGUCAGGCGCUCCGGUCUUCGCAUUGCUUCACGCUUCCCUCCGGCUCUCUCUGUCUCCCCCGAUGCCGCCUGCGCACUCCUGCUCACUGGCCCGGCCAGCCAUCCCCAGGAAGAAGAAAGAGCAGAAAAUGAGGGACGCGACGCGGCCGGAAGGACUAAGAGUUCGCUUGGUUUGGGUGAAGACUCUUUGUCUUCUUUUUCGUCGAUUCUUCUCUACCUUGCAGCGGGCCGACUGCAGGCGGAGGGCGAGGACGAGCUGUCAUCCGCGGUGUAUCGCCACCUGAUCAAAUCUCGGCAGAAGGCUGCACCCACCCAUCUGCCUUCGUGUCACAAUUGGAAAGGAGAAGUCCGUUUCUUGGUCCCCGAAGAGAGCGCUGCGGUUCUGCCCCACCGACUUCGGCCCGCCUCGCAACGCUGGAGUCUCGCGGUGCCCUCCCGUGGAGGCUUCGACGGGGACCGCAGUGAGGAUGGGUGUCUCCUUGGCGAAGGAGCCGGCAGACGUUCGAGGGGAAGAAGCAGGUGGCGAGGAAAGGCGACUUCGGAGCUAGGAGAGGCAGAGAGCCCGACGCAACAGCUCUUCGCUCGUGACGAUUUGCAGCUGAAAGGGGACAUGCAGCUCUUCCUCGCAGACCUGGUGGCCCUUCUUGCCUCCCGAGUACCGGGGCAUUUGUCGGUUCGCGAGUUUCUUCGGUGGGUGUGGCCGCCGCAUCUCGCCGUUUCUUCUGUGUCUUCGGAGAGGCCCCGGGAGGUUGGCGACGCUUCAUCCUGUGACUUGAGGAGGCACGAAGGCUCCGCUCUUCGACCGACUUACGAGUCGUACUCCUCGUCUUCGCACCUCCGUGCGUGCCAAUCGCCUUUUUCUUCUGGAUCGUCUUCCUCUCUCUCCGGUUCUUCGUCGCACUUUUCGUUCAGCCGCAAUCUCUUUCUCCUCAACAGGUCCGGGCGUUUUUCGCGUGCGCUGCUUCCGCCCCCACGAGCUUCAGUUCCAUCUUGUUCGGACUGCCACACGCUCUCUUCCGGUUUCUUCCUCUCGGGCGCUGCGCGUGCCCUCCUGCCACUGUCGUCUCCCCUUCUGUUGUCCUCGUCGCUCGUGAAAGCAUCCUCCACUCUCGGCUCCUUUCCGUGCGCGGUGUCUCCGGCCGCCGCCGCGGCCUUUGCUUCGGGUGCUGGAGCCCAAGCCGCGACCGCGGUCGGAGCCGCGGCGGGGCCGUGGCUCGCGUGGAGUCGCAAGGUCAAGCGCGUAGCGAACGUGUGGGGACACCAGAUCUCCCACGAGGAGCUCCUCAGCGGCGAGCGCCCCGCCCUAGAUAAUCAGUUCCAAAUCGGCCUUGUGCGCGAGCCCGCGGCAGUCUACGUGGUGCGGUACGACGCCACAGGCUCCGUAGUCUUCACGGGUGGCGACGACGGACUGAUCAAGGCGUGGGACGCCGCGACUGGCCAGCUGGUCUACGCGCUGGUCAAGCACCAGGGAGACAUCACCGACAUCGACUUGCACCCAAACAACAGCCUGCUUCUCUCAGGCUGCGGGAAAGGCGAAGUCCGCCUCUGGCGAGUCUUGCCCGCAGGGUGGAUCCCUAUCUGCGCGAUGCUGGUUCCCGAAAGAGUCGCGUGGGCAAGGUUUCUUCCCGAACGCCACUGCGAGAGCGAGCGAGAGAAACACCUGCGCAACGAGGACGGCAGCAGACGCAGUAGAGGCCUGCCCGAGGAAGACGCAGCCCGAGGCGAGAACAAAGAACCAGCCGACGACACCUCUGACCGAGACUCCAUCUCUCUUGUUAUUGUGGGGUGCGACGACCGCAAAAUUCGAUUCUACGACCUCUGCGCCCUUCUGGAAACGCCGCCAGCCGGUGGACCUGGAGGGAGAACCACCGUGUCGCCGCUUCUCGAGGCCGACUGGGGAGCGCCGCUGCUGCCGCGAGCCAUGGACCUAAGCAAGGUGCCUUUGGACGCGUCCGGCUCGUUCCUCUUGGCCCUGGGUUUGGAAGCGCCUUCGGAGCCGUCGUCGGGAAACGAGACUGGCGAUCCGGCUCCAUCUCCUGCGGUUCCAACUGACUCAGCUGCCUCUUCGGUGAGUGUGCCUUCUUGUUCUCUCGUUUCGUCUCGGCACGGGUCAGGACAGAGCGACGGUGGCGUCCACACACGGUCGGCUUCGUCCUCGCCUUCGCCCCCGUCGUCGGCGUUUCGUGCGCUUGUCGUGCGAACGCCCUCUUUCGCACACCUGCGCUGCCUGCGCCUACGAAGGGAAGAAGAAGAGAGACAGAGACGCGAGCGGAGAUGUGAGGAAGGCGGGAAAAUGGGCCUAACUGGUGUGGGGGUCGCCGAGGACCGAGGCCUUCCCGCAGGCGGACCGGGCAGAGACGAAGGGAGAAGACGGACGCGAUUUGGCGGCGAAGCGAAAUCGAAAGUCGACAGCCCCGACAAACCGGGAAAAUUCCCCAGCCUUCUCUUUGCAGAUCUCACCCCCUUCCACUCGUCCUUCCCGGACGUGUGUUUCGCGUGGCAUUCUCCGGACCUGGUUACGGGAGGCGACGACGGAAACCUGUUCUUCUGGGCGUUCUCGUCGCUAUCUGGGGGGUUCGCGUCGUCGUCGCCGUAUCUCGGCCGCCUCCGUCAGUGUUCGUCCACGCGUCGCGGCGCGCUGGAGCUCUCCGCGUCCAGCCUAAGCUCGCACAAGUUCUUCCUCCUCUCGCUGAGUGUCCAGCGCCUCCUGGAGGGGCGGUAUCUUCCUGGGGGUUCUGGCCGGUCCCAGCCGUCGUCGGCCGCUUUUCCGUGCUCCCUCUUCGCCGACUCGGCGUCGCCUGCGCCUGGACUGUCUCCAGGGCCAAGUGCCGUCAGUGGGUCGAGCCUGCAUGCGUUCUCUCCGUCGCCGUUUUCGUCCCUCGCGCACCUCGCAGCUUCGAGACAGGGCGGGCGCGUGCCGGGCGGACGGGUGCAGGCGCGCGCUGGCGGGCCUUCUGGGCGCCACUCCUCCUCUUCCUCCAUUUCAUCGUCUUCGUCAGAUAGCUCGGGCGAGUCGGACUUGGACGGCGAGGCGAACCUGGCGCACGGCAGACGCGGACGGCGUGGGCGACCGACGGUGCGCCCCUCCGGCUCGCGACUCAGUCGGCGCCACGGUCCCAGCAGCCACUGCGGGGGGUUCCUCGCACGGGCGUCUCCGCAGGCGGGCGCUGGAGGGCCGGGAGUCGGCUCCGCGUUUGGGCAAGCGCUCCAAAAGGAGUUGGAAAUUUUUUCGGCGGGCGUCGGCGACCAGCCGCGCCUGGCGGCCGACGCCUCGGGCGUUCGGUACAGCCUUCUCGCCCUGGCCUUCUCGUGCGACGAUGCACUCGUCUGCGUCGCAGACGCCGUGUCCCGCAAGACUUCGAAAGCACGAAUCGAGACCAUGAAGCCCGUAGACCAGUCGCUCUCCUUCUUCCCCUCGGCCUCUUCGGCGAGCGGUCCUCUCAAGGCGUGCCGCGUAGGGAGCGUGAGUCUGCAGCGCCUCUCGGAGGGCCUCGUGUCGCAGCUGAAACCGCAUCCGUCUUGUCCGCUGCUUCUUCUCUGCUCGACGUUCAGUGGAGAAGUCUUGCUCCUGGACGUCUCGGAGGCGCACGCGCGGGCGCGGGCCGGCAUGGGCAACGGCGUCACGUUCUCUACCGGCGAAGAUUGCGGCCCAGCCGACGGCUUGGAGACAGAAGAGACAGCGCAUCUGGAGCGUGGCAACGACUGGCAGAAGACCCCGUUAGCUUCUGGGCGCGACCAAGGCAGGAGAUACGCGUUCGGCGUCGCCCCCUGCGCGCCUGUGACUGCAGAGAAGACGGGGGCCCGAGCCUUCGCCUCGUGGAAUGGAGACACAGAAGAGAAGAAGUACACGCUGCCGUGGCACUGGGAGGGAGGAUGCACCGUGCUCCGGAAGCUGCGGUUCGGCUCUCAGUGCAGCUGGUUGGACAUGGCGUGGGCGCCCAACGGCCUUCAGUUCGCCGGCACGCACCGACUCGGCUGCUUGUCGAUUUUCGCCCAUGGGUCUUCCCCCUUGUUUGAGGUCACCCUCUUUGAGCAGUUCUUGUCGAGCGAGUCGCGGGACACCCGCCGUGACGCUGCGUCGCUUUUUCUGACCGACGCCGGAACUCGGCAGGCCCCGCAUCUGCUGUCGCGAGGUAUUUUGUUGGAUGCAGCCCGUCAGCCGUAUCCGCUUCAUCUUCAGCCGUCGUCUCUGGUGCUGCCUCUCCUCAGUGUGGGGUGUCGCAACGCACACCUUUACAUGUGUCUCCGGUGUCUCCGCCGGCGUCUCCCUGGGGCGCUACGAAGAGACGCAGUCUGCUUCCUGCGGAAAAUGUAUUCCGGCGAAAAACACCAGCUUUCGGCGCCGUUUGCCAGUCUUCGGAUCUCGGCUUGUCCGUGCUGCCCCGGCCCCGAGAAGGCUUGGCAGUUCGGAGACCCUUUCAAGUGCCCGUUCUGCUACGGAGAUAGUUCCUUGGGCGUCGGCGCAGAGCGAGGAAGCGAGGCGGGGCGGGCAGAAGCAGGGCCGGAGCGGGGAGAUGGAGCCCAACUAGCGUGGGGCGGUGUUUUGCCCGAGGCACUGGAAGACCCUGUGGGGCUGCAUGCGCCACGGGCGCAGCAUGGAGGGCGGAGACAGGGCGGGGCAGGGGACAGGAGCCUCGUGCGAGUCGGCGAGGGCGAGCGCGAAAGGAGACUGAGACGACUCGAGGGACGUUUGGCAGCCCAGCUCGCAGAGGGAGAAGGCGACAGAUCGAUGGCGGACGCAGCCGGUACGUGCGAGACUAGCCUUCCUCCAACCUCGCACUUGGCCCUGCGGCUCGAGUGUCUCCUUCGCCGCCUCCUUCGCCGAGAAGCAGCCAACCUGCUGCGCUGUUCGCAACAGCAAAAGACAGAGGAGCAGCGGGCGCUUCCCGCGCCCGUCGCGGCUCCUGUUUCGCCCGCGGCGUCUGAUCUAGAGCAAGGAGAAGGCGGAUGUGAGGGCGGCGAGAAGCCUGCAGUGGGGGGCCCUGGGGACGGGAAGGACGAAGAGAAGGUGGACAGACAGGAGGGAGAGGGAGAACGAGCUCGUGAGAGAGCAGGCGAAGCGGAAGAUGGACAGCAAGACCCCGGAGGCGCGAUUGGAGGAAAUGAAGAUGGGACACGUCGAGACUUGUGCGCGUGUCUAGAAGACGGAAAUCAAGGCGCGGAGGCGCACGACCGAGAACGAGGUGAAAAGGCAAGAGAAGGCGGUAGAGAUGGACACGAAGAGAAGGAAGUGAACGAGCGUACACGGGACGGAAACAAAGAGGGGCGAAUCACUGGAUGUCCCUCGGCAGUGCCCACUUGGGACGACGAGGAAGAUUUCUCCCUCUCGGAAGAAGAGGGGCAACGGAGCGAAGCCAGCGGAUGGAUUGAAGAGGAAGCUCACGCGGCCGAGGCAGGCAGUGGAGGCAUGUCGAGUGGAGGGCACGGGUAUUGGUCAACUACCGACGUGGCAGUCAACAACGAGGCCCGACGCCUGGAGGUUCUUCACAAACAUCGCCUCGAGCACCACUGCAUUUGGAAGCUGCACCGAUGCAGCAGCCGCGGCAACAUCUUGAUUUUGCGCUCCUUCGCCACCGCUCUUCUUCAAGGGCGCCGCAUGCCCGCGGCUCUCGUGCGUCCUCCGCUGGAAGACGACGCGUGGCUCACGCAGGUGAACUGGCUCUCUUCCGUCUCGUCCUUCCCCAUGCCCCCGCCUUCCCGGCAACAGUGGGGUCGACCCGGAGCGGGUCCAGGCGGCUCUGCGUCGCGGGUGUCGCCGCCGUCUCGACAGGGCGUUCGAUCGCGGCGUGCACGCGACCGCGACGAGGAGGACGACGAAGAGAGCGACAGCGACUUCGAGUUGCAGGGCGACGAGCCGGAGGGCCCAGCGCGCCUGUCGCCGUCGACCUCUUCGCUCAGGCCGGCGCUCCACAGCGGCGGAGCCUCGGGCGCGUCGACCGGGCCGACUGUCUCGCGGUCGGGGCGCGUUGUGGGGUUUCGCGACCUGCAAAGCGGCAGGGCGCAGGCACCGCCUGUCUCGUCGCGUGUCUCUUCCCGCGGCCCACUGCGCCGAGUUGCGGAUCUCCAGCCUCUCUCGUCGUCUCUGUUUGCUGCCGGGGCGUCGCACCGCGGCGGCUCGCCAACGAGCGCCAGUGGCAGGCCCCGACGAAGAGGGUCGCGGUGGCGCUUGAUGCCGGACGAAGGCUGGACGAGUGAGAACUCGAGCGAGGAGGCUGAGGAAGAACGGGAGCGGCGGGGCGGGAGGCGGUCGUGUCGCCUCGCCGGCGAGUCGACUGUGGACCCGCGGGCGAUGCUCCAGGACCCGACAUUGCCCUCUAGUGUGCAGCGCGUGUUGCGGCAGCUCCUGGACGACGACGAGCUCAAGCAGCUGCGGCAGCACGAGCGACAGAACCAGAAGGACAAGCAGGCGAGAGAGUCGAAGAAACACGCGGCCCGAGAUGGCGCGACCGCGGAGGGCGAAGAAGACGAGAGUCUUUGGGACGAGCUUCCGUCGGACCGCAUCGACGCGGAAGGCCGGGAGCAGCACGUGCUCUUCUUCGCGAAUGUGCGCAAAUCCGAAGAAGAACGCGACCAUAGAGAGGGUCGCGCGGGCAAAGAAGGUGACGAAACGACUGAGGACCCGAAAGGCGAGAACGCGAAAGACACUGAGGAUGUGAAUCUGAAGUGCCGGACACUCGACACAGACUCACGGUGCCUUGUCUCGCAGUCGCCGGCUGUCUCGUCUGCGUCUUCUUCUGCUCUUGUUCCCGUGGGCCUUCGUCGCUCAGAACGCGCGCAGAACUUCCCCGCACCUCUCGCGCAUGCGGCGUCCGCUUGCUCCACUGCAGGGAAAGCUCCGAGAGAUGCCACCGAGAAGACGGAAGACUGUGUCCUGUGCGCGGUUCCCCACCGCUGUGAGUUGUGCGACGUCGCUGCGAGUUGCGUGACAGUGCCGGACUGGCGCUUCAUCAACACCCUGGAAGAUUUCGACGAAGGCAGCAACCCCGAAGAAGACAGGAAGGCGUUCCACAGCCGCCUUCUCGCGGGAGAAAUCCGCUCCACUUCGCUCCUCCAUUUGGUGCUCGGCGAGCUCGUUGGGCCUUUCUUCUUUCCGGCCUCUCAAGAGAGUCUUGGUGGGCCAAGAGGCCGAGGGACGCAACAGGCUGGGACGGAAACGGGCCACGUGCGAGGAGAGCCGCGACGCAGGGCACGUGACGAAAACGGGAGAGAAAGAGAAGCCGCCGGGACUUGGGUCCACGUCCGGUGUCUUAUGGCCGUCAGCGACCUCGACGUCGACUGCCAUGCGCGCGGCUUCAACAAUCUCAAGGCCCGCAUUGAUGAAGCACGGAGUCACCACUGCACCUUUUGCAACGCGAGGGGACCUACCGUUCAGUGUACCUUUUGCCCUCGCGUGUUUCACUACCCUUGUUCUCUCAAGUCGUACCUCGCGUCGGGGUUAACAGCGCAGCAACUGGGUCUUCCUUCUGCUGCUUUCACUUUGCCUUCUUCCGCUGUCUCCCUUCCGUCUUCAUCAUUUUGUUGCUCGUUUUCCACGUCAUUUUCCUCCACGUCGUAUCUGGACGACACGCCGGCACUGAACGAGGCGCGCGCGGCCGCUUUCGCCGCUGCCGCAAAGCUCCAGCCUCAUCAGCGAACGCGAUGCUUGCCUGAUCCUCUCUAUUACGGGCGCUAUGUGUGCGUCUGGUGCCGCAAGUCGCGACAGAUGAAAACACUCCUUGCCUACCUGACGGGCGAAAUCUUCCUCUCCGUCCAGAGUCGCCAUUGGCUCGCCGUCUCUCACCGAUGCUCAGCAGGAUUCAUUUCAAGUCUGCCGGCCUCUGCCUCCCAAGCGGGGCGUUCUCUCUCUUCUUCCUGUUCUUCCUGUUCGUCGUCUCUGUCUUCCUGUACUUGUUCUUCUCACUGCCGCGUCCGUCCGCUCCCACCACUGGGCUGCAGCGCUGCCAAGAAGAGCCAUCGGAAGGCGGAGAGCACGCGCGUGCGAUCCAAAGCGCCGGAAGACACACCGACCUAUGGGGCCGCGGAGGCAAAGAAGCGAGUUGACGAAACGAGCGAAGGGACAGUGGGAGACACGGCGGCGGGAGAGAGGACGACGACAGCCGUUUCUGUGGGGGCAGGCCGGGAUGACGGAGCGAAGGGGGAGAGCGCGCUGUGCGGCUCCCAGACAGUUGCGCCGGAACAGAACGCGAAGAGAAGGCGAGAGCCUCCCGUUGGUGGAGAAGGCACGCAAGCAGGAAUUGACGCCACCUCGGGUUACAACAGGGCGAAGAGUGAAGGGGGCGAAACGGAAAAAGAAUGUGAGAAGACUUCUGCCUUACAAACCAAUGGCGAGAACGGCGGGAAGAAAACCUCCAUGUUGGAAUCCGUUGUCCUCCCCCCGGCAGACGACAUUCCCUGCUGCUUCUCCAGUGUUGGCGUGUACGUUCCCCAGCUCGGAGAUGUGUUGAGGUACUUUCCCCACCUUCACCAGAACCCUGUGCUGCCUCACGACCGCGUUCAGCUCUGGCAGCCAGAGCUGUUUCUUCCCUGCGACGUCCUUGUCACCAACAUCAGCUACGAGUUUCCCGGCCUUCCAGUCGACGAAGAGCCAGUGGCGAUUUUCGCCGUGCUCGAGCUGUCUGUGGUGCGUCCCGAGUGUUUGUACGGCCGUCGUUUCGAAGUUCACUUUGCCCCGUCUCUGGACGGUGAGGCUGACUACCUCGUUCCUCUUUUGGACGUGAAUAGAGGCCUGCUGCGCCUCGCUCAGCUCCGCGAAGGUGAGGACUGCCGUGCGUAUAUGGACGGGAAAUUCUAUACUGCACGCGUCGAGGAAAUCAAGAGGAGACCUGACACUCUCCUAACGAAAGCCUUCUCUCCAGCGCAGAAACCGCAUUCAAUUCCUUUUACCCAUCCGCCGUUCCUCUCUUCUUCCUCUGCGUCCAUUUCUGGCUCUUCUGCGACGCCUGCUACGAGCUCCAGACCUUGCCCGUCCAUUUUGGCCGGUGCCGCUGCGGCUGCGCGAGCGGCUUCGGCGUCUGCGCGAGGCCCCCGAGAUGGCGAGUCGGAAGGGAACGGAACAGAAGAGCAGAAUUCUGGAAAGGGAGAAGGAAGGAAAUCUGAGGAACUGGGAGGGCCUGGUUUACCUUCCCCCAGGCCUUCUCUUUCUGCAUCCUGUUUGUCGGCAUCUGGCGGCGCGUCGUCCUCGCCGUCCCUCCAAAGCGGAGACGCGCGAGACGGCGGGAGUGAAGAUGGCAUGCGGACCCGAGAUGGGAGCGGUCAGGACGAAAUCGACGGGGCGCUGGCCAUCCAGGCCUCCCUGGCGUCGUUCGACUGGCCGGUAUUCCCUACCCCGGGAGUGGUGAACUGCGCCCAUCUCCGCCUACGGGAGGAAACGAUGACGCAGCGCGUUCAGCGAGACAGACGCGUGGGGCAAAACGCGGCUUCCCUCUUCGGCAACGACUUCUUCGUGGAGCGAAGCCUGCAACAGAGGCGCUGGAUGCAAACUGCGAGCUUAGGCUUGGAGGCGAUCCGAGUUCACUACUACUCAGGUGAAGAGGACGAGAAGCGCGCCUCAUCCUCAACCUCGCUCGGCUCUGGCGAGGGGUCCGGGGACGCACGCGGGGCCUCUAGGCGGCGGGGAAAGAAAGACGACGAGAGAGGACGAAAGCAGUCAUCGUUUGCCCUUUCUCGGCAGGACGACGCUGAAAGGCAGACAGAAGAUCAAGAGCAGUGGCUGAAUGCAUGGGAAGUGGAUUUCCCAGUGGGCGAACGCGACCGCAUGCACGCGGAGCUCCAGUGGAAGCUACAAGAGGCGGAGUUUCCGCGGGCGCGCCAGCUCGAACUGUUUGCUGCUCUUGACGCACUGAUGAUGAUGCAAGACACAGAGACGAACUUGGGUGAAGACGGGGAACCCGGGAGAGACGACAGCGUGAAGAAGGCCCGACGCCGAGGCGACCGCAGGCGACGGCGAGGGCGACCGAGGAAGCGGCGGGCAGCGGCCGACAACGAGGAACGAGAAGACGAGGACGAAGACGAAGAGGACGAGGGAAGUUCCGCCUCGGCCAUUCGAGGCCCAGAUGCAGGCGGCGAGGAUGGGAAACCAGAAGGCGACGACACCCAUUCGUCGCCUCUCCUGUUUGAGUUGUUCCUUGAACCCAUCGAGACGAUCGGCGAGACACGCGGCGCUCGAAGGGGCGUGCCGUCGUGGCUCGAGCGGUACUGGAAAGAAGUGCCUCUCCCCAUCAGUUUGGCGCUCAUUCGCGAGCGUCUCUGGAACGGCUUUUACCGCCGUGAGCCUGCUCUCCAUUUCGACUUUCAUCUUCUCCUCUACGAUUGCCGGCUCUUCAACCCCCCUGGAGACCCGGUCCACACGCUGUCGUAUCGUCUGGAAGAAGAGCUGAUUCGGCAAGGCUUGCUGCCGAAGGCGCUGCUGAACGAGAAGGGAACGAAUGCAAGAGGCAAGAGCCAAGGCAUGGACCGCGGCGAUCCCGAGGCAACUCAGCAAAACCUUCUCCGGCAGCUGCGGCGGCACGCCGAGACCCAACUGGUACUGGCUGGAGAACUAGAAGAACGCAUCCAGCUAGCUGCGAUCCAGUGGGUCAAAGAAAGGAAGCCGACGCCCGAGAGUGGCACCGAAGAGGGGAAAGGGAGCGAAGGGGAAGUCGAGUACGGAGUGAGAGAAGCACAAGACGAGAGACAGGCGGCGGAAGGCAGACGAACACAGGAAGACGAAAGAAGAGAAGAAGAUGAAAAGCGGAGAAAGGCGCGUCUACGGCGGUUUGAAGGGACCGCAGAAAACCAGGGUUCUCUCGAAGAGACAAACACCUUCCCUGCAGUAUCGCCUCCCGGCUCUUCGCUGAAGCACACAAGGAAGGCGAGUCAAGUGCCAGGGAUCUCUUCGUCUUCUUCCAGCGUUCUCGGUGAGAGCAGCCACGCUUUGGUAGCGGAGCAGAGAGAAGCGUCGACAAACAACGAAGGAAACGAAGGGCCUCGUAAGACAGAAACGGAAGACCGACUUGCCUCGACUCUGCGAGCUGCCCCGAAAAAUCCAUAUCCUUCGCUUGCGUCUUCCUCGUCGUGGGCCACGAGUUCGACGGGGGGGACAGAAGCUAGAGAGACGAAGAGAGAGGGGGACGCCGACGUUUCUAUGGAUGAGACCGCUGUCUCGCGCACUCGUCGGCUUCCUCAAGACGGUUGCUCGUCCCGGAAAAGGCUGUCGCCGGAGGAAAUCGAUUUCUUGUCUCCGCUCGACGAGAGUCGAUUCGGUGCCCUUUCUCCAGCCGACCGAACAAAGCGUGCGCGGACACUUCGGGACUUCUCGGCCUCUUCUUCUGGAGCUUCUGCCUCCUGUGCUCGCGCGUUCCCAGCAUCUGGAGACGAGCCGAACGAGGGAUGCGUCACUGUCCCUUCUUGUCCUGGGGCAGAGGCGGCAGGCGCGAGACGGAGGACAGACGCCGAGGAGGGGAAGCGAGAAGGCGAGGCAGACAGGGGCCUUCCUUCGCGACGUCCAGGCAGUCCAGUGGGCGUACACGAUCACGCUUCCUCGGCCGUUCCAGAAAGCCACUCCUCAGGUCGCGGCCCUGCAUGCGGUGCGAUUCUCGGGACGACGCGAAGCGGUCGCGUUAUCAAACGCAGUGCCUUGUUCUCGGACUAUGGGGAGGGAGACGAACAAGAAAGAGCGAGAGGCAGUGAUAGAGAAAGAAAGACGCUGCGAUGUAGUCGGGACGAGAGCGGUGCGGCCACAAUGCCAGGACGGAGCGCCACGGCAGGCGGCGGUGGGGUUCGGCGAGGGCGUCGACAGCGGUCGACUGCACAGCGGGAGGAAGGAGACGAAGCACCGAGGGACGAAUCAGAAGGCGGGGAAGACGAACUCAAGAAGGCGUUGGCUCUGAGUGUGCAGACGUACAAGGAAGAACAGGAGCGGAAGACGCGCCUCGAGACAGCUAAGGGUAGCGGGAGGGGCGCCGAGGAAAACUCAGGGGGGAAGGAGGAAGAUAGAAAGGCGAGAAGAGACGAGGAGAAAGAGAGGGGACAGCUGAACGGGAACACGUCAGCGCUAAACAGUGCAGGCAAAAGGCAGAACGAGGCGGCCACAGAACAGAGGCUUUCAAAAACGUGGAGCAGAACAGGCAAAGGCCGAGACGAAGAGAACGACGUGGGCGAGCCCCACGCUGACGAAGGCACAGGGGAAAGAGGAGAUCUUGGAAGUGACGAUCACGAUCAGACUGAGCUUUCUAGUGAGGAAGACGAAGAAGAGGAUGAUCCAGACGAUGAUGAAGAUUACGUCGGCGACGAAACGGAAGGGCGGAGAAGCCAGCGAAAAGCGCGACCGGGAAGACGGGGAAGGGGCGGCAGAAGAGGAAGAAUGCACAGGGGUGACUCUGCUCGCACAAAGAGCACGUGCAGGACUCCAGGGCGGUAUCGUGUCGACUUCGUUGUCCGCUAG